AUGGAUGUGAUAGUCCACACAGCCUUCCACUGGGUGGUCGGUCUGUCCGGAGCCACAUAGUAGGACUAAUGUCAGUUAAAUGUUUACUGUUCAUUUUUUAUUGUUUAUUUCACUUUUGUUCAUUAUCUAUUUGACUUGCUUUGGCUAUGUAAAUAUAUGUUUCCCAUGCCAAUAAAGCCCUUAAAUUGAAAUUGAAGGCCAAAAGGAUCCCUAACCUAAAGUAGCAGCAUGCACAUCUGGGAGCGAUUACUCAUUUCAUAUUUUCUCAUUGUUUGCUGUGGAGUCUCUCACUCCUCUCUCCGUUGCUCCACCUCUAAUCCCUCUGUUAUUUAUGGGCCGCCAUGUUUGGCCAGUGACGUAUAGCCCUGCAUUGUGGCGCCCCUCCUUCCCCAAAUCAAGACAAUUUGUUAACUUUAACAUGAGCAAGACUAUCCUUGUAAAUACAAGAGCAGAGGAUGGGUGGCCAGCACUGUACAACACAUUCACUUCCCUUCCAGGACAUGCAACAAAACACUUCUGUCCUUCUCUCCUCUCUCCCGUCGCUCUUGGACACUUUUCCUUUUUCUGUCUUUCUUCUUCUGUGGUUAGUCAUGUUCACUCUGACUAUAGUUUAUUCUCCUGUGGUUAGUCAUGUUCACUCUGACUAUUGUUUCUUCUUCUGUGGUUAGUCAUGUUCACUCUGACUAUUAUUUCUUCUUCUGUGGUUAGUCAUGUUCACUCUGACUAUUGUUUCUUCUUCUGUGGUUAGUCAUGUUCACUCUGACUAUUGUUUCUUCUCCUGUGGUUAGUCAUGUUCACUCUGACUAUUGUUUCUUCUCCUGUGGUUAGUCAUGUUCACUCUGACUAUUGUUUCUUCUCCUGUGGUUAGUCAUGUUCCCUCUGUCUGUAGUUUCUUCUUCUGUGGUUAGUCAUGUUCACUCUGACCAAACCGAAGGCAGAUCGAUCCAGCUUCCUGUGCAUCUUCCAGGUUUCUCUUUGUAUGCUUUCGGCCAAAUCUUCAGUUCCCCAAUGGGUCUUUCUUUAAUACACGUGCAGAUUUGUGGGGGGAGCUUACUGUAAUCCCUUUAAUUUCCUCUGAACAAAGCUCAUUUGAUCAUCCCAUUCAGGCUUGUGUGCCGCAUUAAGUUCAUUAAUGUCAAAAGCGCACUGGAAUCUCUUUUUAAUUUGACAUUUCAGCAUCUGGUUUCAAUUUCCCAGGGAAGAAAGAGAGGGUGGGAGAGGAGAACCCAUGGGUUUGGGGAGCAAAGAGGGCUAGUUGAAGACCUUCUCUAAGGGAGUGUCCACUAUAAGAGAUGAUCAUAGUUAUUUGAGUUAGCCUGUGCUCAGCCCUAGUGUGCUACUGUGGACCUGGGGAGUGAUUCGUCAGGUCUGUACAGUUACAGUAGAGGCAGAUCUAGACCAGACAGCGCCUUGAAGAUGUUUCCCACUGUAGACCAGACAGAAGGUUGGUCUAAAAGAUAGGUGAGCCGUCCUGAUAAGAGAGUUGAGAGUUUCCCUUAAUCAACAACUAAUUGAAACAAUUGUACACCAUCUGAAAGGAAGAUAGUAGAUGAUCACACACACUGAUUGUAAGACAGCCUAUUUUAUGUGCGACAAGUUGAUGUUUGUAAAAAGAUAGCUGCAGGGUGUUCCAUGUUUACCAGUUAGAUACUGAAAAAAAUUAUAUGACAACAGAAGUUGAAAGUGUUGGUCCCAUGUUCACGAAUGAAUAAAAGUCCAGAAAUGUUCCAUACACACAAAAAGCUUAUUUCUCUCAAAUGUUGCCACAAAUUGUUUAAUUUCCCUGUAGUGAGCAUUCAGCCUUGCCAAGAUAAUUCAUCACCUGACAGGCUGGUGUUCAUACAAAGAACCUCAAUUAACCAGCAUGUCAUACACAGGCACUUGUGCCUGGGUCCAUGAAAAGGCCAAUCUAAAGAUGUUGAGUUUGUCACACAAACAUUGCCACCCCACUGUAGACCAGACAGAAGCCUUGAGAUGUUUCCCACUGUAGACCAUACAGAAGCCUUGAAGAUGUGUCCCCACUGUAGACCAGACAGAAGCCUUGAGAUGUUUCCUCACGUAGACCCAGACAGAAGCCUUGAGAUGUUUCCCACUGUAGACCAGACAGAAGCCUUGAGAUGUUUCCCCACUGUAGACCAGACAGAAGCCUUGAAGAUGUUCCCCCUGUAUGACCAGACGAAGCGUGAAGAUGUUUUCCCACUGUAACCAGACAGAGCCUUGAAGAGUUGUCCCACUGUAACCAUACAGAAGCCUUGAGAUGUUUCCCACUGUAGACCAGACAGAAGCCUUGAGAUGUUUCCCACUGUAGACGCAUGACAGAAGCCUUGAAGAUGUUUCCCACUGUAGACCAUACAUAGACCUUGAGAUGUUUCCCACUGUAGACCAGACAGAAGCCUUGAAGAUGUUUCCCACUGUAGACCAGACAGAAGCCUUGAAGAUGUUUCCCACUGUAGACCAGACAGAAGCCUUGAAGAUGUUUCCCACUGUAGACCAGACAGAAGCCUUGAAGAUGUUUCCCACUGUAGACCAGACAGAAGCCUUGAAGAUGUUUCCCACUGUAGACAGACAGAAGCCUUGACGAAUGUUUCCCACUGUAGACCAGACCAGAGCCUUGAAGAUUUUUCCCACUGUAGACCAGACAGAAGCCUUGAAGAUGUUCCCCUGUAACAGACAGAAGCCUUGAAGAUGUUUGCCCACUGUAGACAGACAGAGCCUUGAAGAUGUUUCCCACUGUAGACCAGACAGAAGCCUUGAAGAUGUUUCCCACUGUAGACCAGACAGAAGCCUUGCAGCAUCCUACCAAUGGCUGCUCUCUCCUCAGCCAGCUGUCUGUCAAAAUGAUAGGGAGCAGUCCUGAUAAGAUGAGAGUUUUCUCUUAAUCAACAACUAAUUGAAACACAUUGAUACACCAUUCUGAAAAGGGAAAGAUAGUAGAUUGAUCAACACACACUAUUUCUGUAAGACAUAUUUUAUUGUGGACAAUGUUGUUUUGUAAAAAGAUAGUAGCAGGGGUUCCAUGUUUACAGUUUAUAUACUGAACAAAAAUAUAAAUGCAACAUGUAAAGUGUUGGUCCCAUGUUUCAUGAACUGAAAUAAAAGAUCCCAGAAAUGUUCCAUACACACAAAAAGCUUAUUUCUCUCAAAUGUUGUGCACAAAUUUGUUUACAUUCCUGUUAGUGAGCAUUUCUCCUUUGCCAAGAUAAUUCAUCCACCUGACAGGUGUGUCAUAUCAAGAACCUCAUUAACCAGCAUGAUCAUUACACAGGUGCACCUUGUGCUGGGGACAAUAAAAGGCCAAUCUAAAAUGUGCAGUUUUGUCACACAACACAUUGCCACAGAUGUCUCAAGUUUUUAGGGAGCGUGCAAUUGGCAUGCUGACUGCAGGAAUGUCCAACAAAGUUGUUGCCAGAGAGUUGAAUGUUCAUUUCUCUACCAUAAGCCACCUCCAAUGUCAUUUUAGAGAAUGUCUGUCUGUAAUAAAGUCAUUUGUGGGGAAAAACUCAUUCUGAUUGGCUGGGCCUGGCUGGGCCUGGCACCCCCUGGCCCACCCAUGUCUGCGCCCCUGCCCAGUCAUGAGAAAUCCAUAGAUUAGGGCCUAAUUCAUGUAUUUCAAUUGACUGAUUUCCUUCUAUGAACUGUAAAAUCUUUUUAAAUUGUUUCAUGUUGAGUUUAUAUUUUUGUUCAGUAUAGAUAGUUUAUAGCCAUAGAGAAUACCUUCCAAUGCCCUUAGAAAGACACUGACUGACUGACUGGCAGUCAUGCUGUUAGCUCCCAUCAUCACAUCAGCAGCACAGUGAGUAAAGCCAGGAAGGACAAAGAGGAGUCUUCAUGCUGGAACCUGUGUGACCCACAUAUUAAGACAGGCAGGUCACACACGUACACACAGCCAUUCACACUGUGCCUGUUAAUGGCCCAGGAAACAUUAUCUGGUAGGGGACAGCUGUCGGCUCACGAGAGGGAGGGAGGCAGAAACAGAAUGGUAUUGGAGGCUCAUUACCCCAAAAACAUACAGGACAGCAUACAGCAGGGGCCUCCCUCCCUCCCGUUCCAAUCAGAACAGGGACAGAGGAGCUCACAGAGGGACCAGGAGACCAGGAGCAUUCUCUCUUGGCAAGCAUACGGAUCUGACUGAGGUUCUGGCGAAAGAGUUAGAGGCUUGCUCCCUCAUCCAUUUUUCUCUCUCUUUCUUUAUUUCUUUCCCCCUCUCCACUUCUCUCUCUCGUAAGAUUAUGUUUCUCCCCAUGCAGGUGGCCAGGGUUGUCCGCUGCACUGUGUGAUGUGCAGUAGUCAGCUGUGUUUGUGGAGGAAGGGUGUCGGGGGGAGGAGAGAGGACAGUGAGCCAGGCGGGGGAGUGUGGGAUGUAGAAGAGGAGUGGAGGUCACUGGGUUGUGUUGUUGUAAACACUAGAGGAUGCCAGCUCUCACUUGCCUUCCUCUCUCCUUCUCUCCAUCUCUCUCCAGCCCCAGAGAGAAUCCAGUUAUAAGUCUCUCUAGUUUCCUCUCCUCCAGUGUUCUCUAGUCUCCUCCAGUGUUAUCUAGUCUCCUCUCCUCCAGUGUUCUCUAGUCUCCUCCAGUGUUAUCUAGUCUCCUCUUCUCCAGUGUUAUCUAGUCUCCUCUCCUCCAGUUUUCUCUAGUCUCCUCUCCUCCAGUGUUCUCUAGUCUCUUCUCCUCUAGUGUUCUCUAGUCUCCUCUCCUCCAGUGUUCUCUAGUCUCUUCUCCUCUAGUGUUAUCUAGUCUCCUCUCCUCCAGUAUUAUCUAGUCUCCUCUCCUUUAGUCUCCUCUGCUCCAGUGUCCUCUAGUCUCCUCUCCUCUUGUCUUCUCUCCUCCAGUUUUCUCUAGUCUCCUCUCCUCCAGUGUUCUCUAGUCUCCUCUCCUCCAGUGUUCUCUAGUCUCCUCUCCUCCAGUGUUAUCUAGUCUCUUCUCCUCUAGUGUUAUCUAGUCUCCUCUCCUCCAGUGUUCCUAGUCUCCUCUCGUCUCCUCUCCUUUAGUCUCCUCUCCUCCAGUAUUAUCUAGUCUCCUCUCCUUUAGUCUCCUCUGCUCCAGUGUCCUCUAGUCUCCUCUCCUCUUGUCUUCUCUCCUCCAGUUUUCUCUAGUCUCCUCUCCUCCAGUGUUCUCUAGUCUCCUCUCCUCCAGUGUUCUCUAGUCUCCUCUCCUCCAGUGUUAUCUAGUCUCUUCUCCUCUAGUGUUAUCUAGUCUCCUCUCCUCCAGUGUUCCUAGUCUCCUCUCGUCUCCUCUCCUUUAGUCUCCUCUCCUCCAGUAUUAUCUAGUCUCCUCUCCUUUAGUCUCCUCUGCUCCAGUGUCCUCUAGUCUCCUCUCCUCUUGUCUUCUCUCCUCUAGUGUUCUCUAGUCUCCUCUCCUCCAGUGUUCUCUAGUCUCCUCUCCUCUAGUGUUCUCUAGUCUCCUCUCCUCCAGUGUUCUCUAGUCUCCUCUCCUCCAGUGUUCUCUAGUCUCCUCUCCUCCAGUGUUCUCUAGUCUCCUCUCCUCUAGUGUUUUCUAGCUGAGGAGUGUGUCUCUCUUUAUGUAGCCUUGCUAAUGUUUGGAGUGUGAAUAGUUAUAUUUCAGUGGGAGGGCCUUGUGGCGCUUUUACAGGCUUUGACUCACACAACAUCUCUGAUCAGGAUAUGUCGAUCUGGCUGGCCUUGCCUGUACAGAUGGAGCCAGUGUUCCUGUACAGAUGGAGCCAGUGUUCUAAUGAAGCUGAUGUUUAUGUCCUCCUCCUUCUGAGCAGAACGACCCUGUCUGUUUUGACCUGUGCUCUUGAGCACAUUCACCACAGCUGGAGGGUUGUUAGGCUAUGUGGAGGAGUAGGAGUAUUUUGCCUAGCUAUAAAUAAAUAAAUACUUUACAUUCCUUUUGCACACCUGCACUUCCAUGGAGGUUAUCAUAUUGGUAUCAACAACGCUUCUGCCUAUCGACAAGUGAUAAGAAAUAUACAAAUCCCAUUGCUUUAGAGUCAGGGAUACCACAUGUGGAGACCUGCGUUGUAAUGGGGGUCAUACAGUGUUAUGCUGCUGUACAUGAGAAGGUGUUGGGCCUGAUUAGCUAGAGAAGCCUGGAGAAACCAUUACCUCCCAUAGAUCUCCCUCUGAAAGCCAUUUCCUACAGGGGGAUUGGGUUCCCCUCCACUUUGCCGUACAUAAACCCCCUCCCUCAUGCUGGGAAGUUGCAAGAAGUAGGCACAGAGAGAGAGGGGUAUCUCAGCUCAGUGCAGCGAUGGCCAAUUAAGUCCUUAAAGGGUUUAGGCAGGAAUUUGUUGGCUGUCAGGAGGUUGGUGUUUCCUGGCGUGAGCCUGUCUUUGAUCUGUGUGGGGCGGAGGGAGGGGGAGGAGGUGACUAGAAGCAUGUUCAGGGGGAGUUGGGUGGAGGGAGGAGGAGGAGGUGCACCACAGUGACUAGGAGCAGGUUCAGGGACUGUGUGGGGUAAAGGAAGUGGAUGAGGUGCACCAUGGUGACUAGGAGCAGGUUCAGGGACUGUGUUGGGUAAAGGAAGUGGAUGAGGUGCACCAUGGUGACUAGGAGCAGGUUCAGGGGAGUGAGACAACGAGAUGGUGGAGAGGAGAAGGUUCUGGUCGUAUUCCACACACACAUUCACAUGUGUGUAUACACAUGCUCACACACAGACAAACACACAGACACAUACCCACACACACACAUGAGUAGAGACACGUACACACACAUGUGUGGCUCACAUAUAUAAACAAUCAUAAACACCGUCAUACAUAGGCACACAUUGUGCUGACCUUGCAUACUUUAGGCUGACUAGAAUUUCAGCCUGUAGUUUAUGAGAACAUGUUUUUUUAUGUGUGUGCACAGACAGAUACACCCGAGCUGGGAAAGUGAUUACUGGAACACCGUCUGUAGAUGGGAGGUUGUUGGUUUUUCAUUACCUUCUUUCCUCUCGUAAAUCUCUCCAGUUUAUCUUUAACACUACCGGUGGGGAGGCAGAGAGGCUUUAGCUAGGCUCUGACCCUCUGAUAGCAGGCCACCACUGUCCUGUUUCAGCUUUACAAUGCUGCUGUGACAUACACUACCAGUCAAAGGUUUGGGCACACCUACUCAUUCAAGGAUUUUUCUGAAUUUUUUACUAUUUUUUACAUUGUAGAAUAACAGGUAAGACAUCAAAACAAUGAAAUAACAUAUAUGGAAUCAUGUAGUAACCAAAAAAGUGUUUCAUGAGGUAGUCACCUGAAAUGCAUUUCAUUUAACCUUCUUAAAGGUUAAUUUGUGGAAUUUAAUGUGUUUGAGUCAAUCAGUUGUGUUGUGACCCAGUUACCUCUGCUGCAGAGGAUAAGUUCAUUGGAGUUACCAGCCUCAGAAAUUGCAACCAAAAUAAAUGCUUUACAGAGUUCAAGUCACAGACACAUCUCAACAUCAACUGUUCAGAGGGGACUGUGUGAAUCAGGCAUUUUUUGGUCAAAUUGCUCCAAAGAAACCACUACUGAAGGACACCAAUAAGAAGAAGAGACCUACUUGGGCCAAAAAACACAAGCAAUGGACAUUAGACCGGUGGAAAUUUGAUCUUUGGUCUGGAGUCCAAAUUUGAGAUUUUUGGUUCCAACCGUCGUGUCUUUGUGAGACGCGGUGUGGGUGAAUGGAUGAUCUCUGCAUGUGUCGUUCCCACCGUAAAGCAUGGAGGAGGAGGUGUUAUGGUGUGGGGGUGCUUUGCUGGUGACACUGCCUGUGAUGUAUUUAAAAUCAAGGCACACUUAACCAGCAUGGCUACCACCGCAUUCUACAGCGAUAUGCCAUCCCAUCUGGUUUAGGCUUAGUGGGACUAUCAUUUGUUUUUCAACAGGACAAUGACCCAACACACCUCCAGGCUGUGUAAGGGCUAUUUUACCAAGAAGGAGAGUAAUGGAGUGCUGCAUCAGAUGACCUGGCCUCCACAAUCCCCCGACCUCAACCCAAUUGAUAUGGUUUGGGAUGAGUCGGACGGCAGAGUGAAGGAAAAGCAGCCAACAAGUGCUCAAUAUAUGUGGGAACUCCUUCAAGACUGUUAGAAAAGUAUUCCAGGUGAAGCUGGUUGAGAGAAUGCCAAGAGUGUGCAAAGCUGUCGCCAAGGCAAAGGGUGGCUAUUUGAAGAAUCUCAAAUAUAAAAUAUAUUUUGAUUUGUUUAACAAUUUUUUGGUUACUACAUGAUUCCAUAUGUGUUAUUUCAUAGUUUUGAUGUCUUCACUAUUAUUCUACAAUGUAGAAAAUAGUAAAAAUGAAGAAAAACCUUUGAAUGAGUAGGUGUGUCCAAACUUUUGACUGGUACUGUAUAUAAUAUUCCAAUUGUUACUGGAUAGAGUUACUUUGGAAUGCCUUUCAUAGAGUGCUUAGUGCACUACUUUUGAUGAGAACUCUAGUCAAAAGUGUUGCACUUUGUAGAGUAUAGGAUGUUGUUUGUGUUCUAUUCAUAUAGUCUAGAUAAAGAACACUGUCUCUAAUGGCCGUAGUGUUUAUAUGAUGCUGUGUAGUCAGGCUGAAUGAGACAGCUCACGGAUCAUUUGUUCCUCUUAAAACUGCAUUUCCCUCUGUCACAUUAGCUCAGCACUGUUGUCCUUAUCUAUUAGACAGACGGCUCCUAUACCCCCACACUAAUGGGCUUUUUAUCUGGGAAAAUGCAUCUCUGAGUGUCUAUAAGAGUGGGUUUGAUGCCAGCGAGGGGUGUGUUAUAUUUUUACAUUACAGCGCUUCCCAGAAAAUCAAUACAGAUGAAAAUCAUGUCCAAAAGUGGUGUUUGAAGUGGGAAUACCUGUAGACGAGUUGUAAUGCAACUGCAGGAUACAUCAGCCAGUGUCAGGGUUAUAUGUGUAAACAGGAAGUGAAAGUGAUAUGUGAUGAAGACCGAUGAUGAGGAGGGGAUUAUGUGUGUGUCUGGAGGCGUGUCUUAUACCCCAUGUCAUUAGGCUGACACAGAGAGAGAGUGUGACGUGGUAAAGGGGGAGAUGGUAGGUCAAAGCCAUUCUUAUGUGUGGAUGCACACAUGUUUUAUCACCCUUGGUGUAGAGCGCAUUGUCAACAAGGCCUUGUGGGUAGGGGAUGACACACAAGCUGUGGCCAGUGGUCCAGCCGUUCAUGUUAUGACAGUCCUUGGUUCUUUAUAGUCUACUCUGAUAGAAGUGGUCACUGCGGCCAGGUCUACGUUGUGACGUAUCAGUGACAGUCCCCAAUUAUAGGCUAUGGUAACACUGUGGCGGUUUCCUCUUGUCAUUAUGUUGUUGCUGUAGAUCAGUGUUGUGGUCUGUAGAUGACGCAUUGCAUCUGAGCGAGGCAUGUCAAAUCUACUUUCCUGUCUAACUGGAGUGACUGGUUUUAGUGUUAUUAUACCCUUGGUAUCAUAGCUAAUCUCUGCCGGUGCUGACCUCACGUUAACCCUUUAUCUUCCUCUCUGUCCACAGUACUACGCGAUGACUUCAGACAGAACCCUGCUGAUGUGAUGGUGGCAGCGGGCGAGCCUGCAGUCCUAGAGUGUAUGCCCCCUCGCGGGCAUCCUGAACCUAGCAUAUCCUGGAAGAAGGACGGUGCCAACAUCGAUGACAGAGAUGAACGAAUCACUGUGAGUGGAACUGGUUAUAUAUGUGUGUGUGUGUGUGUUUGUGUUUUACAUGUGUGAGUGAGAUUGUGCAGUUAUGUUCAUCAAUGUAUUUGAUACUAUAUCAAUGUUUGUUUAAACCUCACAUUGAUUGAUUUGGCCCCUGUUGUUUCACCAAUAGCGAUUUAAACUCCAAAUCAGCAAACUGCGGUUGUUCUAACACUUAAUGAAGCGAGACCCGGAAUUAGUCUUGGUUCAUUUGUCAAGCAGCACAACAUUUAUUAGGAUCCUAUCGAGUAAGAUCAGCCAGUAGAACAAACACUCACUACUAUGAUGAAAUGAAAAAACAUUUUGAUAAAGAGGAAAGUUGGUCUCUGCAGCACUGAGGGAGUGGAAAUGUUCCCUCUCUAUCUGAUUUAUAUAGCGUUCGAGGCCAGCCACCAAUUAGAUUUAAUGCAGGGUGUAGUGCAGGGAGCAGCAGUAUCAAUCACACCCCUGCUGCUGCUGAGUAGAGCAGUGGAGGGCUGACCUUGAUGGGCCCACUGCCUCCACCAUAUAUCUAUCUGCACUUUCCCUGUAGAUAGUUACAGUAUAUGGUGGAGGAAGUGAUUGUGUGUUUGAUAUCUCUGACUGGCUGAGCGUGUAGGGUGGAUGGAGCUUCAGUCAGCUUAUAGUGAUGGACAGAGAAGGGGAUAGUAAAACCAUGGGUCUGUGUGGGUUAUGAUCAUAUGUUGACUCAUGUUUAACUAACUCUUCAGUUUCUACCAUCUGCCAACAACAUCACAUUGGACAUUUGGCCAGUAGGCUGAUGAUUAGCCAGGCCCUGAAUGGAUCAGUAAGGAUGAUUAGCCAGGCCCUGAAUGGAUCAGUAAGGAUGAUUAGCCAGGCCCUGAAUGGAUCAGUAAGGAUGAUUAGCCAGGCCCUGAAUGGAUCAGUAAGGAUGAUUAGCCAGGCCCUGAAGGGAUCAGUAAGGAUGAUUAGCCAGGCCCUGAAUGGAUCAGUAAGGAUGAUUAGCCAGGCCCUGAAUGGAUCAGUAAGGAUGAUUAGCCAGGCCCUGAAGGGGUCAGUAAGGAUGAUUAGCCAGGCCCUGAAGGGAUCAGUAAGGAUGAUUAGCCAGGCCCUGAAGGGAUCAGUAAGGAUGAUUAGCCAAGCCCUGAAUGGAUCAGUAAGGAUGAUUAGCCAAGCCCUGAAGGGAUCACUAAGGAUGAUUAGCCAGUCCCUGAAGGGAUCAGUAAGGAUGAUUAGCCAGGCCCUGAAAAGAUCAGUAAGGAUGAUUAGCCAGGCCCUGAAAAGAUCAGUAAGGCCAACGUUACAGCAUGGUCUGAUUAGCACAACAGCAAACUGCAACUCUGUUUACAUAAAGACCAUUAGCCGUAAUUAGAAGUAUUUUCCUCCUCUCUGGGCUGUUUCUGUUACAUACAGCUGAUACAGCUUCAUCCUCAGCCCAGAACACCCUGCCAUCAAUGUGUUCAGCACUAUUGACAUGACAGCUGAUACAGCUUCAUCCUCAGCCCAGAACACCCAGCCAUGGAUGUGUUCAGCACUAUUGACAUGACAGCGGAUACAGCUUCAUCCUCAGCCCAGAACACCCAGCCAUGGAUGUGUUCAGCACUAUUGACAUGACAGCUGAUACAGCUUCAUCCUCAGCCCAGAACACCCAGCCAUGGAUGUGUUCAGCACUAUUGACAUGACUGAACACUGCCUGAGGGUGUUGGCCUAAUCACAGCUCUAACUAAUAAACAGCGUGAGAGCCCGCCCCCCCGCCCUCAGCCACUCGCUAGCUGCACCGGGGGAAGAUUAAAAAAGAAGUGCCUGGCAGUUUCACAGCGUAAUUGAAAGUGUAUAAUCUAGUGGAAAUUGAAUCAAAUCAAUCUGUCUCUGAAUUCAGCCAGCAGUUACUGAUAAGCACACAGUCUCUGCAUCAACCUCGGAGCUAGUUUAUUGGCUGUGGUUGCGUGUGCACAACAUUAUGUCUUUGUGUUUGUGUGUGUGCUUACGUGUGUGUGUGUGUGUGCGUGUGUGUGUGUGUGUGUGCGUGCAUGUUUGUGCGUGUGUGUGUGUGCGCACGUGUGUGUGUGCGCGUGUGUGUGUGCGUGUGUGUUUGUGUGUGCGCGUGUGUGUGUGUGUGUGUGUGUGCAUGUGUGUUUGUAUGUGUGCGUGUGCGUGUGCGUGUGCGUGUGUGUGUGUGUGUGUGUGUGUGUGUGUGUGUGUGUGUGUGUGUGUGUGUGUGUGUGUGUGUGUGUGUGUGUGUGUGUGUGUGCAUGUGUGUGUGCAUGUGUGUGUGUGUGUGCGCGCACCACUGUAACUUUGUUGGGACCUGUCAUUUCUCCCUGUGUGAGAACACAGCCUGCUCUCUUCUGUCAUCAGGGUUGCUUCAUUCACAGACACCUGGCCCAUAAUGCCCCUACCCUAUCCAAGUCCCAGCUACACACUCACUCUCAGGCUCAGUCAGGCUGACACACAAACACACACACACACACAUAAAACACACACGCACACACACAAAACACACACGUGCACACACACACACACACACACACACAAAACACACACGCACACACACAAAACACACACGUGCACACACACACACACAAAACACACAAGCAUACAUACAAAACACACAUGUGCACACACACACACACACACACACACGCUCUGGAGAGGUGGUUUGAGGACAGAGCAGAGCAGAGCAGGUGUGUAUAACUGCCCAGUGAUCAUAGGUGUUUAUAACUGCCCAGUGAUCAUAGGUGGGUAUAACAGCCCAGUGAUCAUAGGUGGGUAUAACUGCCCAGUGAUCAUAGGUGUUUAUAACUGCCCAGUGAUCAUAGGUGGGUAUAACUGCCCAGUGAUCAUAGGUGGGUAUAACUGCCCAGUGAUCAUAGGUGGGUAUAACUGCCCAGUGAUCAUAGGUGGGUAUAACUGCCCAGUGAUCAUAGGUGUGUAUAACUGCCCAGUGAUCAUAGGUGUGUAUAACUGCCCAGUGAUCAUAGGUGUGUAUAACUGCCCAGUGAUCAUAGGUGUUGAUAACUGUCCUACACAUGGCCUUUCCCAUAAUGAGAUUGCACUCCGUUUAAACAGAACACACAUUUUGCUAGCCCUGCUGUUUAGAAGCUGUUUCUACGAUAACAUCCUCUCUGUGUUGUGUUUUGGAUUUUUUGCAGUGACUUGUGAAAUCUUAGUGUAAACCAGUAUUUGCUAUAAACACAGGCUCAGUGACUGGUGCUGUCUAUAUCCUGUAUUCUGCAGAGCUGGGCCUUGGGAGGGAAUGACAACACACAACACCCGUCUGGUUAGGGAGAGAUUUAACAGUGCAGCGUGGGAUGUGUUCCUUCCUCUAAAGUGCCUGGGUAGGAUGUGGACUCACAGACUGACUGGUCCACAUGGACACUUAAACCGUCUCUACACACAAACCAGGUCCGUCCAUGUGUAAUGGGCUGUGCUGACAGAUGGGAGAAUGGAUGGGCCGAUAUGUGAAUGCCAAUCGAAAACAGAGUGAUGUGCGGUGCUGUAUUUUGAGAGGGCUGUGUCAGAGUGUGUUUGUCAGUGGCAUGGUAUUAGAGCUGAGGCUGGGCCAGAGUGAAGAUGGGUUGGGACAGGGAGGAGAUGAGAGGUGACGGGGUGCCUCCCCUCCCCCAGACGUGUUGGAAAUUGCCGUCUCCCUGGCGAUGGUAGUCCCCCUUACCCACCUUCGGUUGGGAUUUGUUGUGUGGUGCUAUGCUUGGCCAGACUGGGAUGGGCUGGGAUGGGCUGGGCUGGGAUGGGCUGGGAUGGGCUGGGCUGGGCUGGGAUGGGCUGGGAUGGGCUGGGAUGGGCUGGGAUGGGCUGGGAUGGGUGUGACAUAGAAAGAUGUCAGAGAAAUCAGACAUCACAGGAUGAAGAAGACAAGAGAGCAGCCGGACCUGCCAUCCCUGCCAUCUCCUAUCUAUGUUAGCCCUGCCCAGUGGCUCCUCCUAGCUGCUGUAUGUUAGAAAGCUGUGUGUACAAGGCGGUGAAAUGCUGAGCUCUCUGCACUGGGCUGGUGUGGUAACAAGUGUUCCACAGCCGCCACAGUUAAUAAGACAGACGAAAGACAAUGCACAGCAAGGUCUCUUUUUUUUUUGUCAAGCCGCUACUCCGCUGAGAGCACAUGGAGGCAUUCAUCACACCUGUGCAAAACAAGUCUGUUAAGGGGAUGAGGGCCUUAUAAUGGAACAGAACAAAAAGGCAUCCAGCUCAACAGUUUGAGGCUGAACUAAACCAAUGUUGGUGUGUGGAGGGAACCAGCCAGCAGUGGGACAGUGCAUUGUCUUCCCCUUCCUUUGUUUAGUAGUUGAGGGUGAUUAUCGGCCUGGAAAAUGAAAUGCAGCAUGAAUGCCGCCACAACGCGUGCUGAAUGGGGGUUUUGCACUAUCAGCAUUACCCAAUGACGGGAGACAAAAAACGGUGUUGGGAUAGGGCCAUCUCCCUGUGAUGCAGGAUAAUGGUCAGAUUGGUGCUGCCUUCAGCAGCCCCCUGUGUUGUGGAGGGGAUAUACACAGAGACAAAGAGAGGUGCAGAGAGAAAGGAAGGCCUCUCCAUUCACACUGGGCCACUCCAGAGGGCCCCGCUGCCCAGGCACUCCAAAUAUGCCUGAGCAGAAUGGGACAGUGCCACCUCCAUGCAGAGGUGGGAAAACUAAUGGAGUGCUUUUGCCCUAAAGUGGAUACUCAUGUCAAAGACCUAUGGGACCUCCAGUCCACCUCCCUCUCCCUGCCCUGCGUGGUCUGACCUGACCUGACCUUGGGCCUUUGUGAGUGGUACAGUGCUUUAGCUGUUAAGCCCUCCCUCAAACAAACUGUAACAUAAUGACACUUCAAACCCCCUGGGCCUCUAUAGUGCCGGUGUGCCCCUUCUCUUCCCUUCCUCUUGUUUCCCCUUGUCUUCUAUUUAAAGGCUGUUUUUAUGGUUCAUAGUAAACAAGCGGUGAGGGCGAGAGCGGUCCCAGAAUGCCUCAGAACACUGAGGAAUGUGUCCGGUCGUGUCCCUGGAGGACCCUUGUCCAUCCGCUGGCUAGCUGGCUGCUUAGUUGAGUGGAGGAGUUAGACGGCCUCUCCCUGUCUCUACUCCUCCCAGAUGGGCUGUUAGGCUACACACAACAGAUGGGUUGGGUUGUUCCACUGAGAACCUUCUGACAUUCUAUUUCUAUAUUCCCCUGUUCUUAGAACCUGUCAUUCCCCUACCUAGCAGACGUCAUGUGGAUUGUUUUGCUUAUAAACAAGGUGUCACUCUUCAUUAGGCUGCUGUGUCAUAAUAAAAGUGAGGCUCCGUUCUCCACAUGCCAGUGAUACCUGUUUUUAGAUCACCUACAGUGCAGAGCGCAGGCACACAUGGAGUGUUGACCACAGUUAAUUAGAUUUAGUGAUACGUUACAUAGUGUGUCAUAAAGUGAAUACAUAUGUAGGAGUGUGAUUGACUGAAGGCAGCCAGUGAAAGGCAGCAGGUUUGGGGCAUCUUUCGCAAUGCUGUGUGGGGCUACCCCUUUCAACUCCCCCCUACGUACACACACCCCCAGCGUACACACAUACACACCCCUACACACAAACACACACACACACACACACACACACACACACACACACACACACAUACACACACACACACACCUCAGUGGGUCUUUAAUAAAGGGAUCUGUUACAGGCCUGGGGGUGGGGGUCCGGGGUCUGUCGGCUUGUGGGCUGAGGUUUGUAACCCUUAAACCCUUAAGCACCCUUGCAGCAGGCAGAUCAGUGGUGCCCCCUGCUAUUGUGUGCUGCUACACUGACUGGCAUGGCUGUCAGCUCAGAGAGGGGCUGGGGGCCUGAUGAGGACCUGAGAGGGGCCGGGCAGCCUCACCCAGUACCUGAGAACAAAGCACCUCCCCUGGCCUGUAAUCAAAGCCCUGGGAAAUAACAGCCAUCACACUCACCUGGUCCUGGACACAAAACACAACUUUUAGAGUGUGUGUGCGUGCAUGCGUGUGUAUGCGUGCGUGCGUGCGUUAUGUUGUGUGCAUAAGAACUCAAGUAAAAGCUAAAUGUUCUUCUUCUCUGGGACCCUCUCCUCAGUACGGUAGGGGAGAUUGCUGUGCUGGAAGUCAUUUGUGGCUGGAGUAAUGCUUCCAAUCUGCCCUGCCCCAGGUGUGCCCUCAGGGAAGUGUGGUUUGUAGGUUUGGGGAAGUGAUUUUUGGCCAGGCUAGCCCUGAGCAGAAACAUACUAUCUGAUGAAGCCAUAAAAACCACAGGUGGAAUUAGAAUAGCAUAGAAUGGCUGGAUAGGUAAUGCAGUCAGUGGUGAAAAAAAAACUAGCCAAUUGUCAUACUUGAGUAAAAGUAAAGAUAAUGUAAUAGAAAAUGACUCAAGUAAAAGUGAAAGUCACCCAGUAAAAUACUACUUUAGUAAAAGUCUAAAAGUAUUUGGUUUCAAAUAUACUUAAGUAUCAAAAGUAAAUGUAAUUGCUAAAAUAUACUUAAGUAUCAAAAGUAAAAGUAAAAGUAUUAAUCAUUUUCAAUUUCUUAUAUUAAUCAAACCAGAUGGCACCAUUUUCUUGUUUUUUAUUUAUUUAUGGAUAGCCAAGGGCACACUCCAACAUUCAGGCAUCAUUUACAAACGAAGCAUUUGUAUUUAGUGAGUCCGCCAGAUCAGAGGGAACAUGACCGGGGAUGUUCUCUUGAUAAGUGUGUGAAUUGGACAAUUUUCCUGUCCUGCUAAGCAUUCAAAAUGUAAUGAGUACUUUUGGAUGUCAGGGAAAAUGUAUGGAGUAAAAAGUACAUUAUUUUUAUUUAGGAAUGUAAAAGUAAAACUUGUCAAAAAUAUAAAUAGUAAAUUAAAGUACAGGUACACUAAAAAAAUACUUAAGUAGUACGUUCAAGUAUUUUUACUUAAGUACUUUACACCACUGACGGCAGUUAGUACAGUAGUACAGUCUUUUGGUUUUCUAUCACAUGGACCACAGGACAUACAUGGCUCACUAAGAUUCAUUGGUCAGUUUGUACUCCCAUCAAAACAUGACAGAUGGAGUUUUACUGAACUCUGAAUGCCUUUGGUCAUAGUUGUGUAAAGAUUCAUAACUCCAUGUGUGAGGAAAUGCAAUGCUUUUAUACUGAGAAAAUGUUUUGCAAUGUUAGGAGUGCUGUUUUGUGUUCCCUCUAUGACACCCCAGGGCCCUCUGUCUCUAGUUGAUUACAGUGUGUCUCCUCUGUCCUCUCAAGGGCUAACCUCUCAUCUCUCUCUUUUCUCUCGUUCCUCAGAUCCGGGGAGGAAAGCUGAUGAUAACCAAUGCCAGAAAAAGCGACGCUGGGAAGUAUGUGUGUGUCGGGACCAACAUGGUGGGAGAGAGGGAGAGCGAGAUCGCUGAGCUCACUGUGCUCGGUAAGUAACCGUCCUCACACACACUCACGCACACGCUCUCUCUCUCUCUCACACUCUCUCUCACUCUCUCUCUCUCGCUCUCUCUCUCUCACACUCUCUCUCACUCUCUCUCUCUCUCUCUCUCUCUCUCUCUCUCUUCUCUCUCUCUCUCUCUCUCUCUGUCCUCUCUCUCUCUCUCUCUCUCUCUCUGUCUCACUGUUUGUUUGUGUACAGCGGUGAAGAGUGUCCAGAUGUUUCUGUUUGUGUGUGUCUCCAAGGAGACUAAACGGUGUCAUUGACCCCUUCAAGAGGAGUGUGACAUGGCCUUCACUCUAACAGAUAACCAUGAACUCCCCCAGGCACCCCACACCCCUCUACUGACCCCCCUUUUAUCCCCCACUGGACCCCCCCCCCCCCCACCCCCCUUCCCCUACUGACCCACCUUAGCACCUCUCCUCUGGCCAGCUGUGCCCCAUUCCACCAUGACUGGCCUUUGACCCCACAGCUCUCCGGUGCCUCACUUUAUAGUGUCAGUAUUGACCUCAGUCUGCUGAACUUCUGACUGUCCUCUCCACUUCCUCUACUUCCUGUCCCCCUAGAACUCUUAUCAUCCCCUCCAACAGGGCCCACGUAUUUUUCUUUCCAACAUAAGAUACAUCAUUAUAUAUGGAAAUUAUACUGAGAUGGCUUCAAAGGGCUCAGCCCAUAGCUAUGGCUUUGCCUGUUUGAGUAAACAUCACAACAGAAAAACUCAUGACAGCCCCAGGACUUACUGAACACUUUUUCAAGCCAAGUCUGAAGGGUUGAGGGAUAUGUGGAGUCGGAGGAUCUGAGCCUGAUCUGACAGGAUGGGCUUGCAGCUAUAGUGCGUCAGUAGUCGGAUCUGCUACUUCGGUGUUCAGGCAUGAGCUACAAGUCUGAGUGCGCGUGAGCAGAUCGAGAGUCAGAGAGGUAGCGAUCUAUGAUGGGCUAGAGAUGCUAUAGGAGAUAGAGAGCUUAGAGUAAGGCGGUUCAGUCAUGGUCAGAGUUUGUAUGAGUGCUGAGUCGCUGGAUGGUGCGUACGAUCGAAGUAGCAGGAGCGUGUUCUCUAGGGAUGCACCUGAGAGAGGACGUGACUGAGUACUGAGAUGUGUAUGAGUGUAGACUGGAGCGUAGGAUAGGAGCUCGUAGGAGCAGAAGUGGGUAAUGUUUGGAGAUGGGCUCAGAGUAGAUGGUGGACGUGCGAGAGUCGGGAGAAAGAAGGGAGGAUGAGGUAGUGGAGGGAGGUCAAACUAUCGAGUUGCAAUUGUUGAGCCUUGGGAAAUAUUAAAAAACAAAUGUUGGAGGAGAGGGAGAUUAAAGGUAUUAGGAAAUCUGCUAAGUGUUCCCUAUGGAGAUGCUCUGCGUGUUGUUGUGUGUUUUGUUUCUGCUGAAGGGAUAGGGGCCGGAGAGGGAGCUGAGCUGGACCUGAGAGGCCAGGGGUGGUUAGAUGGCUAUCUGUUUUCAUUUGACAAGCUUUUUCCUAAAUGUAUUUUUAUUUCAAUCGCUGCUGGAAGGCUAGUGGGAUGGAGUGCAACAGCAGGCUUUUACAGGACCUCUCAGAUCAUCAGGAUAAAGAGCAAUGAGGGUAGAUGUGAUGACUAAAACACUCUGCUAAUGUUAGCACUGAGACUGCUGCUACAGACUGAUCGGCAGGAUGGUUCAAUCCCCAUACAGUGCUAAAGAUACAGUAUAGUCACAUACUAUGCUAUAUUAUACUAUGCUAUGCUAUACUAUGCAUGCUAUGCUAUGCUAUGCUAUACUAUGCUAUGCUAUACUAUGCUAUAAUAUGCCAUGCUAUAAUAUGAUAUGAUAUGAUAUGAUAUGAUAUGAUAUGCUAUGCAAUGCAAUGCAAUGCUAUACUAUGCUAUGCUAUGCUAUACUAUACUAUACUAUUCCAUACUAUACUAUGCUAUGCUAUACAUUGCUAUACUAUGCUAUACUAUGAUAUGCUAUAAUAUGCUAUAAUAUGCUGCUAUUCUAUACUAUGCUAUACUUUUCUACACUGAGUAUACAAUACAUUAAGAAUACCUGCUCUUUCCAUGACAUACUAUGCUAUGCUAUGCAGGUGAAUCAAGGUGAAAGCUAUGAUUUCUUAUUAAUGUCACUUGUUAAAUCCACUUCAAUCAGUGUAGAUGAAGGGGACAAGACAGGUUAACCUCUACAGGAUCGGAGUCCCGUGUACGGGACUGUUGAGCUAAUGUGCAGUAAUGUGAUUAGCAUGACUGUUGUAAGUAACAGCACACUUUCCAGGACAUAGACAUGUCUUAUAUGGGCAGAAAGCUUAAAUUCACGUUAAUCUAACUGCACUGUCCAAUUUACAUUAGCUAUUACAGUGAAAAAACACCAUCCUAUUGUUUGAGGAGAGUGCACAACAACAAAAAACGAAUCACGGCAACUGGUUUGAUACAUUCACCUCUGAAGGUAAAUAAUUUACUUGCUCUGAUUUGUCAUCCUGAGGGUCCCAGAGAUAAAAUGUAGCAGAAUUUUGUUUGAUAAAAUAAAUUUUUAUAUUCAAAUGUAGGAACUGGGUUCUACAGUUUGAACCCUUGCUGUCUCUGGCUCCACAACCACCCCGCCCGGCCAUCUAGAUGUGUGAAAGUUAGUGUAUAAGCUAAUGAUCCAUCAUGUAUGACAUUCCUGGGACUGUGUAAACUUACAUUUUGUAUUGCCAUAUCAUUUUUUUAUGUUCUCUACAGUUACGUACUUGAAAAUGUAUCAAUGAACCAAUUCGGCACAUUUCGGCAGACUUGAUACAAAAUAGUCCAGUAUUGCAAUGCUUCACUAGAUCAAUCUGAAACUUUGCACACACACAAAAUUGAAAUUGCGCCUAAACUGCAAUAUUAUAUUUUGGCCUUUCUCUUGCAUUUCAAAGAUGAUUAAAAAUAAUAAUAAUUGAAAACGAGUAUUUUUUUGUUUGUAUUAUGUUUUACCAGAUCUAAUGUGUUAUAUUCUCCUACAUUAAUUUCACAUUUCCACAAACUUCAAAGUGUUUCCUUUCAAAUAGUAUCACGAAUAUGCAUAUCCUUACUUCAGGUCCUGAGCUACAGGCAGUUAGAUUUGGGUAUGUCAUUUUAGGCGAAAAUUGAAAAAAAGGUUCCGAUCCUUAAGAGGUUAAAGAAGGAUUUUUAAGCCUUGAGACAACUGAGACAUGGAUUGUGUAUGUGUGCCAUUCAGAGGGUGAAUGGGCAAGACAAACAAUGUAAGGGCCUUUGAACGGGGUAUGGUAGUAGGUGCCAGGCACACCGGUUUGUGUCAAAAACUGCAACGCUGCUGGGUUUUUCACACUCAACAGUUUCCUGUGUGUGUCAAGAAUGGUCCACCACCCAAAGGACAUCUAGCCAACUUGAGACAACUGGGGGAAGCAUUGGAGUCAGCAUGGGCCGGCAUCCCUGUGGGAUGCUUUCGACACCUUGUAGAGUCCAUGCCCCCGACGAAUUGAGCCUGUUCUGAGGGCAAAAGUGGGUAGGGGGGGUAGGGGUGCAACCCAACAUUAAGAAGAUGUUCUUAAUAUUUGGUAUACUCAGUGUAUACUAUACUAUGCUAUACUAUACUAUGAUAUACUAUGCUUUACUAUACUACAGUGCCCUCCUGAAUAACAGCACCACAACAUCACAGAUCCACCACCAUACUUCACAGAUCCACCGACAUACUUCACAGAUCCACCGCCAUACUUCACAGAUCCACCGCCAUACUUCACAGAUCCACCGCCAUACUUCACAGAUCCACCGCCAUACUUCACAGAUCCACCACCAUUCUUCACAGAUCCACCGGCAUACUUCACAGAUCCACCGCCAUACUUCACAGAUCCACCGCCAUACUUCACAGUGGAGAUUAGGUUAUUUUCUGCAAGACCAUGGCUCUUUUUACGCCAAACCCACCUCUGGUGUUUGUUGCCAAAAAGCUCUAUUUUAGUGUCAUCAGACCAUAGAACCUGGUUCCAAUCAAAAUUCCAAUGACAUUUAGCAAACUCCAGGUGCUUACAUUUGUGGUUUGGUGACAGCAGAGGCUUUCUUCUGGCAACCCUGACAAAUAACUUGUUGGCAUGGAGGUGGCGUCUAAUUGUAGUUUCGGAGACUUGGUGACCCCAAAUCUCCAUCUGUGAUCCGUGGCCAUUUUUUUGCCACUUGAACCAUCCUUCUCACUGUGCGUGGGGGCAAAAGACACUUGGGUCCUCUUCCAUGCAGAUUCGUCACAACUCCAGUUGUUUAAAAUGUCUUAAUUAUUGCCCUAAUGGUGGAGAUGUGUAUUUUCAGGCAUGUAAGCUAUCUUUUUUAUAGCCGUUGCCUGAUUUGUGAAGGUCAACAACCUUUUGUCUCAUUUCGUUUGUGUGUUGUCUCAUGUUGAUGGAUGACUAAGGAAGUUUAGCCUGUGUGUCACCUCAUAUUUAUACCCCAGUGAAAAAGGAGGUCAUGGAUGGACCACUUAAGAGUUCCCAAAAAUCAGAAUAUACAUCAAUUAGAUUUUGUUCAUGAGAAUUUCUAGGGGUGCCAGUGGCAUGCAUGUUUUGAAUCAAAUCAUUAUUUCUUGAUGACAAUUAUUUUUUUAUUUGAACAAUUUUAACUCGAUGAAAGGUUAGAUUCAUAUUAUAUUUUGAGUGUAAUGUCAAGCUGAUAAACAACAAUGACAUUUUUUCACAUCCUUUUUAGUUAAUAUUUACCUAGGGUACCAAUAAUUCAAGAGGGCACUGUAUAGUAUAUUAUAUAAUACUAUGCUAUACUAUCCUGUAUAACUGCAGAUACAGUGUACUGACAUACUGUAGACCUAGUAGUGAAUAGUCCUGUGCUAUGUCAUCUCUCUCUGCAGAGCGACCCAGCUUUGUGAAGCGUCCCGGCAGCCAGGUGGUGCUGGUGGACCAGAGUGUGGAGUUCAGAUGUGAGGCCCGGGGUGACCCAGUUCCCACCGUCCGCUGGAGGAAAGAGGACGGAGACCUGCCCAAGGGAAGGUACUGUACUGUAUGACUCAUCUUCUGGCCCCUUUAUUACAACACAAUCCCUUUCUUUCUCUCUCUCGCUCUCUAUUUGAUCCCUCGCUCCCCUUUGUCUGUCUGAUGAUCAGCAUGUGUGUAUUUACAGUAAGGUAUGAAUAUGUGUGUGUGUGUGUGUGUGUGUGUGUAUUCCAGAUAUGAGAUCCGUGAGGACCACACCUUGAAGAUCCGUCGUCUGACCUCUGCAGACGUGGGUUCUUACACCUGCGUGGCAGAGAACAUGGUGGGCAGGGCGGAGGCGUCAGCCACCCUCACCGUCCACGGUAGGACCACACAACUCUGUUACUUACUCUACUAAAAUACUUUACAUCAGCAUUUCCCAAACUCGGUCCUCUGGACGCCAAAGGGUGCACGUUUUGUUUUUUUGCCCUAACACUACACAGCUGAUUGAAAUUAUCAAAGCUUGAUGAUUAGUUGUUUAUUUGAAUCAGCUGUGUAGUGCUAGGGCAAAAACCAAAACGUGGAGGCCUUGGGGUCCUGAGGACCGAGUUUGGAAAACGCUGCUGUACAUGUUUACCAAGGAGAGGCCAACGCACCAGAUAUCUUGAACAGUCCUGUACGUUGUUACGGUACAUAGCCCUGUUGUUGAGUCUCUAUUGCUGAAAGGUAUAUUGAUUGUCUCUCUAGUUGUGUGGGUUACGGUGAGUUUUAACACCUUAGAUGUAAUUUAGCUCAACCGCACUGCAAUUAUAACACCCAAUUCUCGAGUCAGAAAGGUUAUUACUUUCACCCAUUCUCUCUCAAUUAGCUGAUUGAUUUCUAAUAAAGGCGGUCUGAAAAUCCAUAGAUGCUCUUACUCUUUACACAUGGGAGCUCAAUGAUAAUCAAUUCCAUUUGUGGCGACCAUAGGAGCAACAUUCCUUUAGAGGCAGCUCUCCGGUCAUGUUAAAGAUAUGCUGUAUCAGUGGUAGGCCUGUGGGAAGCCUCUGUGUGUCUCUCUCCAUUGGACAUCCUAUUAACACAGUGCGAAUAGAAAGCAGCUGGUCACAGACUGUGAACACUCAGAAAGGAGUCAUUCAGUAGAACAAGGGGGCCUGGAUCCCCCCAACCCUAAACCCUCCUGGGAGCCACGCAGGGGGAACAUUGGGGUCAUUUAA